AUGGCUUGUGAAAUAGAAAAAGCGGCAAAAUGUAACCAGAAUUAUUCGCAACAAAUCGAAACAAACACACGACAAUUGUUUACAUCAGUAUGCGAUAAAAUCAGUUCAUCGCAACGAAGUUGGAACUGUUUUUGGACAGAAGACAUGAUAAUCAUUGCCGGUGUGGUUGCCACAGUUAUUACUAUUCUUCUGAUUGCUGUCGGUGCAUACCUUGGAUGUCGACAAUAUCGUGCCAAUGCUAAACUAAAAGCACAAGCAGCAAAUAAAUUGAAAUUUUCAACGAAAAAUUUAACAACUGCUGAUACUGGUCCAUCAACAAGAACAUUUCGAUCCAAUAAAAUACCAACAACAACAACUGUCGAUCAUAUUGAUAAACCGGUACAAAAUGUUGAAAAACAAGUUGAAUUAAGUGAAUGGAAUCCACAAACACCACCUAAAAAAAUAAAUGUUCAACAUGUUCAAAGUAGUGAUGAUGAUGAAUUUAUUUCAAGUUUUUAUAAUCAGCCACCAAAACAAGCAUCACCAUCAUCAUUAUCAGAUUCAUCACUUUUAAAUUUUAAAUAUUUGAAUGAAGAUUAUGAUGGCAUCAUCGAGGAAUUUAGGGAUAUAAUUGAACAGGAAGAUUUGGUAUCAUCAUUAAAUAGGUUGUCACAACAACAACAACAACGAGCACCAUCACCAGCAUCUUCCGAUUCAUCAGUAAUAUUCUUGUCCGAACAACCUCGACAACAACAACCAGUACCAUCACCAGCAUCUUCCGAUUCAUCAGUAAUAUUCUUGUCCGAACAACCUCGACAACAACAACCAGUACCAUCACCAGCAUCUUCCGAUUCAUCAGUAAUAUUCUUGUCCGAACAACCUCGACAACAACAACCAGUACCAUCACCAGCAUCUUCCGAUUCAUCAGUAAUAUUCUUGUCCGAACAACCUCGACAACAACAACCAGUACCAUCACCAGCAUCUUCCGAUUCAUCAGUAAUAUUCUUGUCCGAACAACCUCGACAACAACAACCAGUACCAUCACCAGCAUCUUCUGAUUCAUCACCAUCACCAGGAUCCACAACAUUAUCACCAUCAUCAAUUGAUUCAUUUUCAUCCAUUGGUGAUCCACCAAAAUCACAAAUACAACCAUCACCAUCACCAUCACCACCGUCACCGCCACCGUCAUCGUCAUGGUCACCAUCAUCUGCAAGAUCAUCAGAAUCAUCAUCAUCACAUGGUUCAUCAAGUGCAUCGUCUGAUUCUUUAGCAAAAUCUUUGUCAAAAAAAGCUCGACAACAACCACAACAAGCACCAUCACCAGGAUCCACAACAUUAUCACCAUCAUCAAUUGAUUCAUUUUCAUCCAUUGGUGAUCCACCACAAUCACAAAUACAACCAUCACCAUCACCAUCAAAAUCACCACCGUCACCGCCACCGUCAUCGUCAUGGUCACCAUCAUCUGCAAGAUCAUCAGAAUCAUCAUCAUCACAUGGUUCAUCAAGUGCAUCGUCUGAUUCUUUAGCAAAAUCUUUGUCAAAAAAAGCUCGACAACAACNNNUUCAUUUUCAUCCAUUGCCAUCAAAAUCACCACCGUCACCGCCACCGUCAUCGUCAUGGUCACCAUCAUCUGCAAGAUCAUCAGAAUCAUCAUCAUCACAUGGUUCAUCAAGUGCAUCGUCUGAUUCUUUAGCAAAAUCUUUGUCAAAAAAAGCUCGACAACAACAACAAGUACCAUCAGCAGGACCAUCAUCAAUUGGUUCAUUUUCAUCCAUUGGUGAUCCACCUCAACGACAAAUACAACAAUCACCAUUGUCAUCGCCACCGUCACCGUCAUUGUCACCGUCAUGGUCACCAUCAUCUGCAGGAUCAUCAGGAUCAUCAUCACAUGGUUCAUCCGUUCGUAAACAAAAACCAUCUCGCUUAUUAAGAUCGGGAACUAAAGCUCAAAAAUCGUCAUCAAGAGCAACAUACAAAUUAAAAUCAUCAUCACCAUCGUCAUCGUCGUCUGGAUCAUCACAUGGUUCAGCAUUUUCAUCCAUUCGUGAUUCACCACAACCACAAUUACAGGCACAGGCACAAGAACAAUUUCAAUUAUCAAGAGCGGCAAUUAACGCACAGCAAUCAUCACCACAAUCGUCAUCAAGACCAUCACACUUAUUACGAUCGAGAUCAAAACCAUCAUACUCAUUACCAUCGAGAUCAAGACCAUCAUACUCAUUACCAUCAUUAUCAUCAUCGCUUGGUUCACCAUUACCAACAUCACCUGACUUAUCACAACAACAACAACAACAACAACAACAAUUACCGGUCAAUUUAUUUCAACAAAAUCAAAUCAAAUAUAAUGAAUGA